GGUUGUUUACUGUGGGGUGACGGUGUGGCGAUACCGCUGAAGCUACGGUCCCGGAUUCUCGAAGCCUUGCACGCCGGACAUCCAGGAAUUGUUCGGAUGAAGGCACUUGCCCGCAGCUAUGUAUGGUGGCCAGGAAUGGAUGCGGCUAUCGAGGAAUGGGUGCGACGAUGUUCUCCCUGCCAGGAAACACAGCCAGAGAUGCCCCGAGCACCAGUCCAUCCAUGGGAGACGACCCGGGCGCCGUGGUGUCGCCUGCACAUUGAUUUCGCUGGGCCGUUCCAAGGAAAGACAUUCCUGAUCAUAGUGGACUCCUAUUCAAAGUGGCUGGAGGUCAUCGCAGUGUCAUCCAUGACAUCGCUCACCGUGAUCAAUGCCUUACGGAGGCUGUUCGCAACACAUGGUCUUCCAGACACAGUAGUGUCGGACAAUGGGCCUCAAUUUACGUCCGCCGAGUUCCGGGAGUUUCUUGAGGCCAACCUGAUCCGCCAUGUGACAUCUGCACCUUUUCAUCCAUCUACAAAUGGCCAGGCUGAAAGGAUGGUGCGAACCACCAAGGAGGCUCUGUCGCGCAUUGUGCAGGGAGAUUGGUCACGGCGACUGGCAGAUUUCUUGCUACAGCAGCAUGUAACUCCACACUCAAGCACGGGGCGAUCACCGGCCGAACUGUUAAUGGGCCGGCGGGUAUCGACCAUGCUGGACCGGCUGCAUCCCGACCGGGCUCCGGCCAAGUCAUCCCAGCAAACAGGACUGCUGCCAGUGCCACGCUCAUUCCUGCCUGAGGACCCUGUAUUUGCACGCAACUAUGGCCGUGGCCCCCCAUGGGCCCCCGCUGUGAUUGGCCGAGCGACCGGGCCAAUCUCCUACGAAGUGACCCUCCCAGAUGGCAGGGUGUUGCGGCGGCACGUUGACCAGCUCCGGCGCCGGGCAAUGGCGCCUUGCACAAGCGAGGGACCGGCACCAACAGAACAACAGCCAGAGGUCUAA